AUGAACGUUAAUCGCUGUAAUCGGUCAGCUUUUUUGUCUUGCCUAUUACUUUUCGUGUGUUUAAAAUUAGCCGUCUGCCAGACAGCAGUGUGCAAUAACUGUUGCUAUGAUCACCAGAACAUCAGUGAACCCCGUCGCAGUACGAAAAGCGUUUGGCAGAGUGGACAAAUUGUGUUGUGCGACAUGAAUAUUAGAUAUGGUUGGUAUCGCUUUACAAGUUUCGGUGGCUCUAAAAUGCCACAAAGCGUUGUGCAAGAAGGUCAUUGUGGUACUCAUGAUCCAAUAUGGUUAAAUGGAGAACAUCCCACUGUGGCAGAAGGAAAUGUGGCUCGCACGGUCUGCAUCAAUAGCUUUGGACUGGAUAACGGAUGCUAUGACCAUUUCGAUAUAAACGUCAAAAACUGUGGAGGUUAUUAUGUAUACUACCUUAAGCCUCUCUACUAUUGUGCAGCCGCGUAUUGUGCUGGUAAGAAAGCAGUUUGCACAUCUUUUGAGACAUGUAUUAAUUUCACAAGAUCUUACUAAUAAUUAAUUUUUAUCAUGCAGGAUUCAAGGAGCCAUGCCCAUACGGAAAGGAGGGCGAGCCCCCUGAUUGCUACGGUGAGUUGCCAUGCAACUUUGUAGGUACUGAUCUCACUUGCUCCUGACAGAGAAAAAAAAAAACUGGUGGCCUUAACCACACUGUAAAAUGAAAAGAGCCAAAUCGACCCCAAAGGCCAAAUCGGCCCCAAUUUCUCGAGGGCCGAUUUGGAACAUGCUGGGCCGUUUUGGACAGAAAGAGUCAAAACAGUUCUAGAUGGUACCAAUUCGGCCCAUCUAAUUUCUGAAUCGGCUACACUAAAAGCUACUUUGGCACUUCCUCUCAAUUUGGCCCUUCCGAUAGCCAAAUUAAAAUUCCGAUUUGGCCCCAACAAGGUCUACUCGGAGUGACCGCCUUUUGCCGUCAAAAGGGGCGCAAGGAGACCGCGGUGUUCGGUUGAAGUAACCAUAGUCACGUCUGACACAAUCCAAAGUACGGUCCGUUUAGUCGAGUAAGGAACUAAGAUAACUUUAACGUAGACCUAAAACCGUGACGACAGUCAGAGACUGUAAGGUAAAUCAUGGUUUCGAGCGAACCUUUGCCUCGAGCGAAGGUGCAAAUCGGAAACAAAGCUACAAUCACGCUCUCGAAUGUUCUGCACGUGAUUUCAAUAUCGAUAACAUUACAUGAUGCGUCACGCAAACUAAACGCUGGGAGGGCGUUACAGUACAAUAUCCCUCGGUAUUGAUAGCAAACAAAGACCCAGCCAUCACGUACAUAUAUUUUCUGAUUCAUAAGUAAAAGGUUUUUAAAAUUUCGAACGCCUGCCACAGGCUCAAAAUGACACGACAUGUAAACAAUCGAAAACAUAUUUUGGAAACAAUACACAACUGGUCAGCGGGCUGUCCCUAUGCACAUGCUCUUUGGUGUCGUCCUUUUGGCGUCCAUUUGAAAGUACUGCAACGGUUGCGAACAUGCCAGUUUCUUUGGGGAUCAGGAGUCUUGUAUUAUACUUUUCGACAGCAUCAAAGGACAUUCAAGGUGUUGUUACUAAUUAUUUUCGAACUAUGAGCCGUCGUUGAUCCAUCACUUCGCUCUUGAAGUUCGUCGUGAAGAAUCGGAGACAGAAGCCUCGUGAGGCGCAACGGUUUUCAAGAUGAACUGCACAAAAUUAUAAUAAUAACAAAGGCUCUCCAAGAAUCAAGACUUUGCUGGAAAAAGCCGAUAGUAAGACCAGGUAAGCCGCCCUGAUUCGCUCUCUUUCUACCAAAUGCAAAAGACUGAGCUAUUUUAACCACGUUUGAUGAAACAGAAUUCAGGGUCACUCAAGUCCACUUUGUUGGAACGCUUUGAAGAACGGGUCAUUAGAUGCUUUUAAUUUUAUUAUCUAAUGAUAAGGAAAUAAGUGACCCUGUAUUCUGUAGUUAAGCCAGUGGAGGAGUUAAAAAGCACUUCUGCCAUCCCCUCACUGUCCCCUAUUUAAAACAGGGAGAAUGAUGAAAAUAUCUAAUGAAAAAACCUUAAAGCCAUUUCAACUAAAGAAGAUGGUAAGGAUGGUGUGGUCUGGUUUUACAUUUACACUGUAGAUUUCAGUACUUGUUUUGUUUUAAGUAAGGUUUACCUUACCAAUGCAUUAUUUCUCUUGUCUGAUAAAUAAGUGCAAAAUAAAUGCAUUAAAAAUAGAGAAAUUUAAAACCCUUUCAACCCUAAGAUCAAAAUUUGAAUGCUCAUUUGCAUAUUGACCCUUUACAUGGUCUAAUUUGGCCCCGAUGCAAGGGGUCAAUUUAGCCCCAAAUUUUGGUACCAAAACAGCCCCAUCUCAGUGGGGCUGAAUUGGCCCCAAAAACAGUACCAUUCUGGACUCACCCGUUUCGGCCCCAUUUUUGGGGCCAAAUUGGCUCUUUUCAUUUUACAGUGGGAAUGCACCAUUAUCGCUUGCCUUUGAACAUGUUGAAAUGUGUAAGACCCGUCAUGCCCCGCCGUUUCGUAAAAUAGCUUGGGCACGAACAGAAGGGGUGGUUCAAAACCCUUUCAAAGGAGGUUUGCUCUCAAGCUACUUUAUGACUACUUUAUGGAACAACCUUUUAAGAGAUACCAUAACUGAUCAUGAGUGAAACUGAAAGCUAGGUAAGAAAGUCAUAAAACUCACGGAUUGUAUAUGAAGGUACGAAAGUGAGAGUGCAUUCAAUGUGCCGUUAUUUAGAAGUAAUAUUCCCUUAUGCAAAACUGUUUAAGAGUAUAAGUAAUCAUCAUGGCGUAUCUUUUGUUCACUGGCUACAGAAAUCGUUUACGCACUGCCAAGCCGUGUUUUUAAUGCCUUUCAUAAGCUAAACUUGAAUCACAUCAAUGAACAUCUUAAGUUGGAUGAUCACAUCAAGCACACGGUAGCUGGAUUCUACGCCACUCUAUCAAUACUAAGAAAACUGAAAUAUAUCGCCAAAUAUGAGCUUAGAAAGCAACUAGCAGAAACAUUGAUUUUGUCAAAACUAGAUUAUGCCUAUCUGGUCUUUUACUUUCUACCACAAUUCUUACUUUGCCGUUUGCAACGGGUUCAAUUUGCCGCCGCAAGUUUUUGUACUCGGUCACUAUGUCAAGAACUUUCGGGAUCUACUUAAGAUCGGAUGGCUUCCAAUCAAUGAGAAAAGAGAUUUGAACCUCCUGAAAUCAUGCUUUAAAGCUUUGCAUAACACUGAGACUUGGCCAGAUUAUCUUAAAAUAAUAAAACAGGAAUACCGCAAGGAACUGCGCUCAAGCACUUCAAUUAAAUUAGUCAAGUCCCGACUAACCUGAGAUCAGGCCCAAUUUGAGCGGUUCUCAUACAUUCUCUCUAACGGCUACCGCUAAAAUUGGGCCUGAUCCAAACUCAUUCAAGUUUGUGCUCGUUUGAUUUUGGCCGUAACACUGAUUGGCUGUUAGAACAAUGCCACAAGAUCUGAUUGGCUGUUGGAAACGCCGGAAGUUGAAAGCGCUUAUUCCUCGCGUGGUUGUUUUCGUGAAUGUUCCGUCGUCGGCGGAGAGAAGGAUCGAUUUUGCUGUCUUUUUUAUUGUUUUAUGGUCUUAUGGUAGGAAAAUAUGCCUUAAUCUGUGGCAUGGAAAUUCAGAAUAUGGUUGUUAAUAUCUUCUCAGGAUUUGCUUUAUUUACGGAAAGUGAGUGUAUCGCGGAGUUGAAUCCCUCUGCAAGUUGUUGACCGCUAACAAGGUGCCUUUUGAUUUACCAACAAACGGGUGCAAACCAAAAUACUGUCCAUCUUAAAACAGGUUUCAUUUGAAAGUUUAGCCGGGAAUGACUUCUCUGAACGGGGUACGCAAGCGGAGGCUCACUGCGAAAGAAACCUCAAUCGCCAACUGUGAAGUAUUAGACGAAAAAUAUCGCAUCGUUGUUCAAGGAAUUUUCAGUGUUAACAGACUGGUUGUUUGCCUUCGCUUUUUGUAGAAAAUAAACCAGGAAAACUGGUGUCCUCGCUCGUUGGCUGUUUGCUUUUGUUUUUAAAGAUUUAUGUACUGAAAAUCGGGGAAAAUGCCGAGGAAAAUAUUAAGGCAACGAAAAAAAUAACAGAUAAAAGCUAUUUUUUUAAGUCAGCCAGUCUGCAUAUUUCCCACGCGUGAAAAAUUUGCAUACUAGAAAAACAAGCAACGGAAGUAAUUUUGGUUGGCUGAUUCGGCAAAUGUCAAUCAAUCAAAAAAGUGGGCGGCAGACGUUUCGCAGAAGGUUUGUAUCAGGCUCUCUUUUUCGUUUCGCCAUGCCCGCCGGAAUGUUAUUUACAAAGCGAAACGAAAAUGGACUGAAAACGGCACAUUCCAAGAUAAUGCGUCGAAGCUAUUUAACAAUCUACCAGAAACUCAUUAAAAACUGUAAAGAUUACAGAACUUUUUUAAGAUCUAGACUUUCAAGGUAUUUUUUCAUUAUAACAGAGUACAGAGUGGUUAGUUAGUUUUACUGUAAUUUCGAUUCUGUUAAUCCUGCUUCUACUUUUAAUUGUAUAUUGCAUAAUUUGUAAAUUACUUAAUUUGAUAUAUUUUUAAUUGUAAUUAAUGUACUUUAACAGGGAAGAGCCACCCUGUGGAUCUGUUAAUAAGCCAUUAUUAUUGAUAGGCGUUUGCAUGAUUCAUUGUUUAUUAUUCACUUUCUUCAUAACCCGAUCACCCUAACUUAUGGUUCCAAUAUUAACUAGCCUCGAGACGACGCGUGCUUCAAUUCCGACAGUUGGACAGUCAUUUUCAUUAUUAGAAACCCUUUAUUAACAAUAUUCCACAAACUGUACUAACUAGUCCUCAUGAAAAAAAAAGUUGAAAUCAGAGCACUGUCUUUAAUAACUAGUGGAAAGGGCAACUGAUUUUCUUUAGAGUCCAACCAGAAACACAAAAUCCUCGCGGGUUCGUGUUCGAUUACGUUUGAGUGAAGAUGCAGGGGCGUAGCGUGACCACUUUGGUAAGUACGCACCCGGGUCCAUAUGGUCUCAACUUCAUACAAAAUAACGUUUUUGCUUUCCUUUAAUACGUAUUUCGGCAGUUUAAAGGCUUGUUUACAAUAGAACGUGAUAAUUUUAUUAAAAAGGAUUUUAGAACGUUCUUCUUUGAGCUGGUACUGGAAUGUUUACAAGCACAAGGCGAGGAGCCUUCCCUAAUUUAAUAAACUUCCAGAGCGGUGAAUAAUUCACAAGAAAUUCAAAUAAGAUGUUUCUUUCAAAUGCUAAACGAAAAUUUAGCAAAACAUUUAAAUGAAAGAUUAGCUUUACUGUCGCUUUUAUUUAUUUAUUUAUUUAUUUUGCUUGUCGCUCAAGAAAAAUGCGUACCUUUUUGUGCAGAAGUUUGGAGUUUAAAAGCAUUGGUUGGAAGAAUUGAAUUUCGGCGUGUGCGUGUUUGAGUAAAUUUUCCGUACGCUUAGUCCUUUGCUGACUUUUGAAGUUUUCCAUUAUUUCGAUCAUGAGUACGGGAAAGGAACAAACAAUUUUUAAAGUCGGCAUUUAUUUAUUUCCAGUUGUUCUGAAUUUCUCUAAUGUUUGUCAUUGAAAAUAAUACUCUAUCUGUUCGCCAGGAGCAAAUUUCCUGCAUGCAAAAUUCUUGUUGAUACCGCGCCAUCAUCGUCGGCUUGGCCUGUUCCAUGAUUUCCCAGUUGAGCCGCAUUAAGGCAGCCUUUAUUCAGACUUUGUCGACAUUUAUAGAGAAAGAGAAAAUUAAAAAAAAUCAAUAGCUUUUGAAUGGGAAAACUUUCCAUUUAAAUCUUGAAAGGAAUGCUAAUCAGUCAGGGUUUAUUAUUUGUGGCGACAAAUGUGUUCGCAUGAAUUUCCCCAGUCCCCUCUCGUUUUUCAUGAAAACGCAAUUUAUUGUGAGAUCACCUGAAGGCAAACAUUUCAAGAAUGUUUUAAAUCUAUCACAUUCCACUACUCAAACUGCUGUAUUUUUAUUGUAAAAACGAUGCGGUAAAACAGCGAGACAGACAGGAACAAAUCUGCACAAUACAAGUCACAACACUACAAAUGGCUUUUACUAUAACAAAAAAUCUUUAAAAAAUUCCUACCAAUUUCUCAAGUACGCACGUGUGUAUUUGUGUAAAGGACGCUAUACGUCCCUGAGAUGUUUAAGUAACUGCUGUUCGUGUAAGUAAAACUUUCCUUUGUCAAAUUGUCUGUGUCGUUCGCUGAUCACGUAAUGACUCUCAGGUCGCAUACUGCUGGACUUCACUGAACUGUUGACAAUUGCAAAAUGUACAAAUGCACAAAGACACAUCUUUUUACUACUAAGACAAGAAUUCAUUUCGUUUUUGUAUGUACAGUUUCCUCUCCGUUUGCCUAAUAUAGACCCACCGAAAGAGUUUUCAAGUGACUACAUUGGCGAUCCAACGAUCACUUACAUAGACGUCCAGAAGUCACCCUCUGUGCCCUUAAUUUGCAAAGCACAACUUUUUCAUGGCAUUGGGACAUGGGCGAAUGUAACGUAUCUGGUUCAAUGGUUUGCAAACGGUGCGCCAUUAUGGCAUGACGAACGAUGCCCUGGCGGUGGUGCUUCUUGUCCUCGAGAAGAUUAUAUUAAGUUCAAACUUGAAGGAGACAUGUACAAAAUUGGUCAAACGGUAAGUAAGCAAGUAAGUAAGCUGCUGUCAGUCGAAAUGGCAGUUGUUACUAACGAUUACAUAAUAGAAGAUAAUCAUGGAAACACGCUUCUGAGCAGCGCAAUCAAUCCAUUUUUCUGGAGUAAGUUGCACUGGUUCUAAGAUUGAGCUGAUCUGCAUUUAAUUUUCCUGCCGGUAAAUGUGACCGAAAAAUCGAAUUUGAUAAGAUUAAUGUACGUUUUUGGUCUUUUUAAACAGAUUUGACUAAACUAGAAAAAGUUCUCAGUUCUUAUAAGAAAUUCAGACUCAUUAUUAAUUCAUAAAGAAAAACAAAAGAAAUUACGUUUACGUCCAAUUUCUUUGACCAAAAUAAUCCCAAAUCUAAGUUGAUUUUUUAGCCGUUCAAAACACUCGCAGUCGUGUAUUAUCAGGUGUAAAAACUCUCGGCCUCGCCUCCAGUUCUUAAACUUCAGUUGAUAAUACAAACAUGCUCGUUUUUUAGACGGUACACAAAUCAGGAUAUUCAAUCAUAAACAUCGCGAUUAAAACAAGAAUUGAGAAAAACCGUGUAAAUUAUUAAUCGAAUUUUUACCAUAUGCAUACUAGUAACAGUAGAAAUCAUAGAUUGAUAAAGUGCUGAAGAGACGUAAAGAGACGUAAGCCCCGACGGGUUAAUGACCAACGUUUUAUACGGGCAGGAUCCACCAUGAGGUCCAACCCUUUGCCUACGUUUAUAUGUAAUGUAACACUUUUGACAAAUAAAAGGACCCCUUUCACGUACCUUCCAAGUCUUCUUUUCACUACAAGUCGUUUUUUAAUAAAUACCUGAAUGGCAGAUUUCCCUACCAUUUCAUAUAAUUUGAACUCUUUAAAUUCCUAGUACCUUUUCUAACCUGGGCGAUUUCUGUGUUGAAGAGGAUACUUGUAAAUUUUUCAAAGACCACAAAGUGCACUCGCCCUACGGGCUCGUGCACUUUUGUUGGUCUUUGAAAAAUUUACUCGUGCUUAUUUAUUCCAAAUUAUUGCACGAGAAAUCAUGUGAUUACCUAUACUAAUUUGAUUUAUUUUUAAUUGUAAUUAAUGUACUUUAACAGGGAAGAGCCACCCAGUGGAUCUGUUAAUACGCCAUUAUUAUUGUUAUUAUUAUUAUUAUUAUUAUUAUUAUUAUUAUUGUUAUCAUUAAAUUGAGAUAGGCGUUUGCAUGAUUCACUGUUUAUUAUUCACUUUCUUCAUAACGCGAUCACCCUAACUUAUGUUUCAAAUAUUAAUUAGCCUCGAAAUGACCCGUGCUUCGAUUCCGACAGUUGGACAGUCAUUUUCGUUAUUAGAAACCCUUUAUUAACAAUAUUCCACAAACUGUACUAAGUAGUCCUUAUGGAAAAAAAGUUGAAAUCAGAGCACUGUCUAUAAUAAUUAGUGGAAAGGGCACCUGAUUUUCUUUAGAGUCCAACCAGAAACACAAAAUCCUCUCGGGUUCGUGUUCGAUCACGUUUGAGUGAAGAUGAAGGGGUGUAGCGUGACCACUUUGGUAAGUACGCACCCGGGUACAUAUGGUCACAACUUCAUACAAAAUAACGUUUUUGCUUUCCUUUAAUACGUAUUUCGGCCGUUUAAAGGCUUGUUUACAAUAGAACGUAAUAAUUUUAUUAAAAAGGCUUUUAGAACGUUCUUCUUUGAGCUGGUACUGGAAUGUUUACAAGCACAAGGCGAGGAGCCUUCCCUAAUUUUAUAAAACUUCCAGAGCGCUGAAUAAUUCACAAGAAAUUCAAAUAAGAUGUUUCUUUCAAAUGCUAAAAGAAAAUUUAGCAAAACAUUUAAAUGAAAGAUAGGGUUUACUGUCGCUUUUAUUUAUUUAUUUAUUUUGCUUGUCGCUCAAGAAAAAUACGUGCCUUUUUGUGCAGAAGUUUGGAGUUUAAAAGCAUUGGUUGGAAGAAUUGCAUUGCGGCGUGUGCGUGUUUGAGUAAAUUUUCCUCACACUUAGUCCUUUGCUGACUUUUGAAGUUUUCCCUUAUUUCGAUGAUAAGUACGGGAAAGGAAACUAUUUUUAUAGUCGGCAUUUUUUUAUUUCCAGUUGUUCUGAAUAUCUCUAAUGUUUGUCAUUGAAAAUAAUACUACAUCUGUUCGCCAGGAGUAAAUUUCCUGCAUGCAAAAUUCUUGUUGAUACCGCGCCGUCAUCGUCGGCUUGGCCUGUUCCAUGAUUUCCCAGUUGAGAGGUACUAAGGCAGUCUUUAUUUAGACUUUUUCGACAUUUAUAGAGAAAGAGAAAAUUAAAAAAAAAUCAAUAGCUUUUGAAUGGGAAAACUUUCCAUUUAAAUCUUGAAAGGAAUGCUAAUCAGUCAGGGUUUAUUAUUUGUGGCGACAAAUGUGCUCGCAUGAAUUUCUCCAGUCCUCUUUCGUUUUUCAUGAAAACGCAAUUUAUUGUGAGAUCACCUGAAGGCAAACAUUUCAAGAAUGUUUUAAAUUUAUCGCAUUCCACUACUCAAACUGCUGUAUUUUUAUUGUAAAAACGAUGCGGUAAAACAGCGAGACAGACAGGAACAAAUCUGCACAAUACAAGUCACGACACUACAAAUGGCUUUUACUAUAACAGAAAAUCUUUAAAAAAUUCCUACCAAUUUCUCAAGUACGCACGUGUGUAUUUGUGUAAAGGACGCUAUACGCCCCUGAGAUGUUUAAGUAACUGCUGUUCGUGUAAGUAAAACUUUCCUUUGUCAAAUUGUCUGUCUCGUUCACUGAUCACGUAAUGACUCCCAGGUUGCAUACUGCUGGACUUCACUGAACUGUUGGUGAACAAGACAAUUGCAAAAUGUACAAAUUAAAUGCACAAAGACACAUCUUUUUACUACUAAGACAAGAAUUCAUUUCGUUUUUUUAUGUACAGUUUCCUCUCCGUUUGCCUAAUAUAGACCCACCGAAAGAGUUUUCAAGUGACUACAUUGGCGAUCCAAAGAUCACUUACAUAGACGUCCAGGAGUCACCCUCUGUGCCCUUAAUUUGCAAAGCACAACUUUUUCAUGGCAUUGGGACAUGGGCGAAUGUAACGUAUCUGGUUCAAUGGUUUGCAAACGGUGCGACAUUAAGGCAUGACGAACGAUGCCCUGGUGGUGGUGCUUCUUGUCCUCGAGAAGAUUAUAUUUCGUUCAAACUUGAAGGAGACAUGUACAAAAUUGGUCAAACGGUAAGUAAGCAAGUAAGUAAGCUGCUGUCAGUCGAAAUGGCAGUUGUUACUAACGAUUAUAUAAUAGAAGGUAAUCAUGGAAACACGCUUCUGAGCAGCGCAGUCAAUCCAUUUUUCUGGAGUAAGUUGUACUGGUUCUAAGAUUGAGCUGAUCUGCAUUUAAUUUUCCUGCGGUAAAUGUGACCGAAAAAUCGAAUUUGAUAAGAUUAAUGUACGUUUUUUGUCGUUUUAAACAGAUUUGACUAGACUAGAAAAAGUUCUCAGUUCUUAUAAGAAAUUCAGACUCAUUAAUAAUUCAUAAAGAAAAACAAAAGAAAUUACGUUUACGUCCAAUUUCUUUGACCAAAAUAAUCCCAAAUCUAAGUAGAUUUUUAAGCCGUUCAAAACACUCGCAGUCGUGUGUUAUCAGAUAUAAAAACUCUCGGCUUCGCCUCCAGUUCUUAAACUUCAGUUGAUAAUACGAACGUGCUCGUUUUUUAGACGGUACACAAAUCAGGAUAUUCAAUCAUAAACAUCGCGAUUAAAACAAAAAUUGAGAAAAACCGUGUAAAUUAUUAAUCGAAUUUUUACCAUCUGCAUACUAGUAACAGUAGAAAUCAUAGAUUGAUAAAGUGAUGAAGAGAUGUAAAGAGACGUAAGCCCCGAUGGGUUAAUGACCAACGUUUUAUACUGGCAGGAUCCACCAUGAGGUCCAACCCUUUGCCUACGUUUAUAUGUAAUGUAACACUUUUGACAAAUAAAAGGACCCCUUUCACGUACCUUCCAAGUCUUCUUUUCAUUACAAGUCGUAUUUUAAUAAAUACCUGAAUGGCAGAUUUCCCUACCAUUUCAUAUAAUUUGAACUCUUUAAAUUCCUAGUACCUUUUCUAACCUGGGCGAUUUCUGUGUUGAAGAGGAAAGGCGGCUCGUGUUAGUAUUAUAGUAACUGGGAGAAGGGUGCAAUGUGUGUUUCUUUGGAGGAUUGUGUACAGUGGAGGCCCUCCCAACGGACACUCUCGUAUGAGGACAGUUCUACACUCGGACGCCUUCACAAAACCACGUUUAAACUCCCACAAAAACUCUGUGCUUUUAAAUUCCCUAAGCGGACAAUUCUCUUAGGCGGCCGCGGACACUUUCAUGGUUUUCUUUGUUUUUAAUCUCCCGUAAGAGAACACCUGAAACGAAAUCUCAUUCAUCUCUGAAUCUUAUCUUUUUAAAAGUCAACGUCAUAUUUUUAUUGGUCACAAUGCGUUUCAGUGUUUGUUUUGUUUGUUUGUUUUUUUUUUCUUUACACACACUUCCAGUAGUCUUCAAAAUACCUCUUUAAUUUUAUGUUUAUGACUGAAUUACAACAUUGUCAGAUCAACAGUAUGGCCGCCAUUACAAACACACAUUUUGUUUUUGCAUUUCCAAAGUUUAUUUGUGGCCGAGCAAGCUCCCGUAAGUGACCACUCAAUCCUUGUAUCUCUAGUGGCCACUUAUGAGAACCGUUCUUGCAAACGGCCAGCUUCGGUACGGGGCACCGGGGAUGCUGUUCAGGAGAGCUUGCAUAACAUUUAUUUACUCCGGUUUCCGGUAUCCGGUAAGUUUUAGCUUAUGGAAUCCUGAGUCGAGGAAAUUGUUGCUAGAGGAUUCCGGAACAUAGCUUAAAGAAAUCCGGAAUCCCCUGAGGAUUGGAAUCUGGGAUCCAAGUUCCACUGACAAGAACCAGAAUCCAGUACCUGGAAUCCGAAAUCCACCGCGUGGAAACCAUAAUUUUAGAUAACGAAUUUUAAGACUUGCAACACUUUUUAGAAGUCUUAUAAACACAUUUGAAUUUGGAGUUUUUUUAAAUCGAUUGAACUAUAUUUUUUUCUCAAACGAUUUAACUAAUAAAUACCACUCAAUCAUUUCCCAAUUCACAACUUUAAAUGUCCGUGCUGUUAUGUGUGCCCUACAGCAUCGCCUUCCGCAUUCUUUUCAGCAACUCUUUACUUCUGCUCCCCUCAAUUUCGUAUUGUGGUGUCCAUCUACCGUUACCAAGCCCCAAGGGCAUCUAUGGUGAUGUUGUGUUGCUUCACUUCGUACCCAGGCUAAUCUCAUACCCAAAUCUCUUGUCGACGAAGCCGAGGGCUAGAUCUGGUCAAAUCCGAUUUGUACACGUUAGUCUAUUGCCUGUCAGGAAUGUGACAGGCGAUGAAAGAGCGCAUGCUCGAAAUAAAAGCUCAAAAUCAAAGCCGUGAAUUUUUUUCUAAUAAACGUGGUUAUAAGCGCAUCGUAGGUAUGGUAUAUCCCAGAGUUGAUGAUUUUGAAGGUAAGAAAAGACUUCAUGGUGUUUAAACAGCGUGAUUUUAUUGCGAAGUGAUUUACUGUAGUUGACCUAUAUACGGUCGAAGCAAUGUUUUCAUUGACCACUAAAGAGGAAAAGGAGGUCGCUUUGUCACUGUUUUGUGAACUCGGGAUUUCCUCGCAAGACCAGUUUUGCCUGGAAAUAGAAGUUAAUUUAUGGAGAAAAAAGGAAAGCAAAUAUUUUCGAAAACUGUUCGUGCCAGCAAGUUAACAUGGCAAGGAACACUGCACUGCAGUUAAACAACGCUCACCUCGAUCAUAACUGCUGUUGACAGCAUUUGCAAGAAGCGACAAAAACACUGUCUCAUUCACGGAGAGUUGACAGAAGCAAAUAAACUGCCAUGUCUUUCUUCUCAGAAAGGGGGGUUAUUUAAACUUUCAACGUUUUCUUUUCAAUCAUUGAUGCUAAAGCUUACAAAAAAUUAAAACUAUGAUUUGCCAUGUUUGAAAAUACUGUAAAGAUCCAGCUGUUGUGCAUCUGCUGUUUACGGCUACAUGUCCACGCAUGAAUUCACCCGCGAAUCGAACAAAUCGUUUUUUUUUUUUUUUCAUGGUUUCCUUUCUGAUUCUGUUGAGAUCACUUCGUGUGUAUAUAGACUAAAACAAUUAUUCACCUCAGGCUCAGUUAAUAGUGUUGAAUAAUCCCCGAGACGAAGUUGCCGAUUAACUUCGCCUCUUAUGAACUCUUGGCCAAUGAAAAGGAAGAAAAUUUGCAUCGAAUGAUAAUAAUAAUUCUUCUUAUUAUUUUUUCCCUAGAUAUCCUGCAAUAUCUCUGCAAAGUUUACUACAUCCCCUAAAAAUGUCUGGUCAACCCCAAAAUACACUCGAACGCCAUUCUUUGUAGGACUACAGGUAUGUAAUGUUACUAUUAAUUAGUUAUUAUACUUGCAACAUGUUCAGAUUGGAGUUUCAUUGGAUUUUUAUAUUUGAAGUUUGACCUUGGUUGUUAAGUCGGUGACGUAUAAGUUACGUCGAGGGCCAUAUUUUACACAUCACCGCAAGUAAAAUAACUUCACAAACAAAGUCAAACAAGACAAAAAAUGUAAUGAUUACUAAAACUAGCCUGAGAUGCAGCUCCCAAAAUGGAGUGAGGCAUUAAACGGUAAGGGCCGACUAUUAAUUAAAAAAACAAAGUUCAAAAACUACGGUUUCGUGUAAUUUGGCGAACCUUUGAAUCAUACGAUCACCAUACAAACCAUACUUCGGGAACAUAAUGUUCUACCCUCUCUGAAAGCAUUUAAUAAAGAGUACUUAAACACUUAAAUCAUGAUUUAUUUCAUUUACAUUUGUCAGUUCUUAAAUACCCCAUCUCCAUGCUUUUUUAAUUUAUUGGUGAGAAUAAUGUUUUUGUUCAGGAAAUGGCUCAUAACUUGAUGAUCAACUUCCUGACUCUCUUUUUGUCUGUUUGUUCUUUAUUUAGGUUAAUCAAACUGCAUUAAACAUACCGACUUUAAAAACUUGUGACCCUGACACUGAGUAUGUAGUGGCCUUCACCCCUACAAUUCCCGUGCGUCCAUACACGGAUCCACAAGGAAAUAAAAGAUAUCCGAAGAUAACCUUCUAUGCACCUCAAGAAGUAAAUAUCAAGCAAUCCUGCGAGGCAACUUUAGAGGAACUCAAGCCGGUGUACUUAACGGUUACGGCAGCCUGUUCUCAAGUCUCGAAACCCGGGCUGAAACUGAUAGUUCCA